UCCAAUUUUCAAUACAAAUCCCAAACCAAUUCUCAAAAAAUUCCUCCAAAAAACAACAAAAACCCAACAAUCUUCCCAUUUUCUUACAACCCUUUUCUCAACUUUUCAUGCAAAACAUAACAGCUAAGAACUGUCACAAACAAUCUUGAGUUUUGUUAUGCUUUUUAACGUUAUUCAUGAAAAUAAAGUGCAUUGCCAGGCUAAGGUUACGCCCGUUGGUUCAAGACCAACUGGAAUGUUCAGACCAAGUGGCAGUUGCUGGCGGUUGUUGCUGGGCCAACCUGCCUCAGGAAUUGUUGAGGGAAGUUCUGUUGAGGAUUGAAGAUUCUGAAAGUCGUUGGCCUCAAAGAAGGAACGUGGUAGCUUGUGCUGGUGUUUGCAGGAGUUGGCGUCUUAUCAUUAAACAGAUGGUUAAAGUUACUGAGCUUUCAGGAAAAUUAACUUUUCCCAUCUCACUUAAACAGCCAGGUCCAAAGGACUGUCUCCUCCAGUGCUUUAUAAAGCGGAAGCGAUCUACCCAAACAUAUUAUCUUUACCUUGGUUUAACUAAUGCACUAACCGAUAAUGGAAAGUUCCUUCUUGCUGCUCGCAAGUGCAAGCGUCCUACUUGCACAGAUUACAUCAUCUCUCUAUGGGCUGGGGAUAUGUCAAAGGGGAGCAGUACUUAUGUUGGGAAAUUGAGAUCAAAUUUUUUAGGGACCAAGUUCACUGCCUUUGAUGGACAGCUUCCUCGUGCUGAUGCGAUGACUAAAAGUAACUCCUCUAGGCUAGCAUAUUUGAAACAAGUUUCACCUAGAGUCCCUUUCGGCAACUACCCCAUGGUUCACAUUUCAUAUGAAUUGAAUAUGUUAGGUUCAAGGGGUCCAAGGAAAAUGCAGUGUAUUAUGGAUACCAUCCCUGCCAGUUCCAUAGGACCAGGAGGAACAGCACCCACCCAAGCUGAGUUUUCUUUCAGCAAUGCUAAUCUAUUUCAAUCGAUCCCAAUCUUUCAUUCAAAAUCAGCUAGCAUGGAGAAUUUCCUAUCAGGACCUUUGUCUGCUCAAAAGGAUGGUGCACUGGUGUUGAGAAAUAAGGCUCCAAGGUGGCAUGAGCAACUCCAGUGUUGGUGCUUGAAUUUCCAUGGACGAGUGACAGUUGCUUCAGUGAAGAACUUUCAAUUGGUAGCUUCUCCAGAAAAUGGACCAGCUGGGCCAGAACAUGAGAAGAUAAUCCUCCAGUUUGGAAAAGUGGGGAAGGAUUUAUUUACCAUGGAUUACCGGUAUCCAAUCUCUGCAUUCCAAGCAUUUGCUAUCUGCCUCAGCAGCUUUGACACUAAGAUUGCUUGUGAAUAAAUGAUGCAUGGUUGUGAACGGGUUUGUUACAUUGUCAGCAUAGCUUUCAACCUCAUUACCUACUGUUUUAUUACAUUUUAAUUCCUGAAACAAGGAAAGUGAAUCAACCGGCUUAAAUAUCUGCAAUCAUUUGAAGAGGUUGAUGGUUGGAUAUCAUUUUGACCUGCAAUGUUAGUAGUAACCAUGACAAAUGAUGCUUAUCCAACCCAUGAAUUCGAGCUCUGAUGUGUUAUGCUACCUACUAAGUAAUAAUACAUGCAAACCACCAUGCACGCCAUGGUUAUUGAAAUCUAUGAAUAGUACCAACAUAUGCAUGUUUUCCCAAUUUAAACCAGGACCAGGAAUCUAUGAAGAUUGGUGUAACAAGAUUAAAAGUGAAGGAGAUACAAGUGCUGGAGAUUGAAGAGGAUCGAAAGCUCCUAAAUGUCUCAAGGUUUUAACAUAUCAGCUCGGAUUCUGGAUUUGCUCAAAUUAUGAGAAAGAUUGGGAGUUUAUGCGGAGGUGGUACAGUGGAACUUAGUUGAUGACCAAGUUCCAUUUAUUUUCUCCGGUUAUGUACAUUCCUUUGCAUUGUUUCUAGUUUGCCCAUGUAAAAUUGUUUAUUUAAUUUCUAUUUGUCUUGGAAAAGCUUCCGGGUUCUCGGUACUUUUCAUUAUGCAGUACAGCCCACU